CCCUAAAACAAUGCCUAUAGACGCCAUCGAGUUGUAGUAAAUAAUAACAUCAAGCACCACUCGAUGGGAGAGCCUUCGCCUUAUCCUGAUUUGGCAACUAUUUGCCGCCUGUGUCUGAAGGAGCACCAGGAGGCGUACGGGAUCUUUGCCGAGGACGAGUCGCAGCUGUCGAUUCCUGUCCGUCUAAUGGCGUGCAUAGCCCUGGACGCCAAGCCGGGUGACAGCCUGCCCAAGAAGAUUUGCGACGAGUGCCGAUACCAACUGGAAAAGUUCUUUCUUUUUCGACAGCGAUGCCAGGCGGCAGACAAGAAGCUGCGAAAGCACAUUCGCCUGUUGGGUCUUGGGAAAAGAAGUCGUGUUUUCUGCAAGGAUCCGGAUGACGAUGACUAUGAUGAAGACGAGCUGGAGUUCGAGGACUCAAUUGCGUUUAUCAACAAGAAGGACAAGGCUCGGGAAGAAGCUGAGGAAAAGCGGCGAGAUGCGGCUAAGGAGGAGCAGGAGAAGGAGAUGGCCAAGCGGCUAUUGGAGUCGGAAGAGGAACUGCGCCAAAAAUUAUCCGUCGACUUGCGCAAGCAGCUGGCUCAGGAAGUACGCAGCGAUGUGCGCGAGGAGUUGCGCCAAGAGGUCACCGAGGAGGCACGCAAGGAACAGAUAGCCAGACUUGUGGGAGAGUUGGAGGUCUUUCUCACCGAGAAGAAAGCAGGAAUGUGGGAGGUUUUUGACAGCAGUGAAGAAUCUGAGGCAAAGUCCCUGCCCAAAACUUCUCCAGCUGCACAGCCAUCCCCCAAACCAGAUAGCAAGCCACAUGCCAAGCGGCGUCUGAUCACGACCUCAAAGCCUUCCUUGCAGUCCAUAAAAGUGAAAACUGAUGAUGAAGAGAUCCUCUUAAGUGGCAAUGCGGAGUCAUUGCCAGCUGAUGAGAUUGAACUGAGUACCAUCGAUAUGGACGAAGCAGCCGCACAGGCCGCGGACGAUUUCCGGGACAUCAAGAUGGUCGGGGCUGGUGAUGUGGAAGGAACCGAAGCUGAUGGUAUUUACAUCAUAAAUUCGACCAAUGCCGAGGAUACCAAACAGGACUCUACUCCUGAUUUUGAAGACGACAACGAUUGCACCUCCUACAACAUUAGAGAAAAUGGGGAAAUUCAAUUCAGCGGAGAGAAACCUUCAGAAAUGGACAAUGUUGUGGUUUUUAACUUGGACAGCGAGAUGUCUGGAGAGCAACAGGUCUACAACUUCGAAGAUAACGUAAUAAUACUGUCCAAGGACAAAUCCAGUGAUGAACCGCAGCCCGCCAAAAAGAAGCGAACGAAUGACCUGGUAUUUAAGCAAUCCACACGUGAAGGUCAGCCAAGAGCCGGAAGAGUGUCGGACACCGUAAAGACGUUCCAGUGCCAAUUGUGCCCGGUGGCUUUUGCCACGGAGAGGAUGUUCACCCGUCACAUGAACACCCACGUCAAGGGCUUAAAAAGCGGCAAGGGUGGCUCUCUGAAAUGUCCCAUCUGCGAGUUGCAGCUGUCUUGUUCCAGUUCCCUUAAGCGCCACAUGAUCAUCCAUACAGGAGUGAAGCCGUUCAAGUGCGAAGAAUGCGAUCAAUCCUUCUCACAACGCGAGGUUCUCAAGCGGCACAUGGACACGCACACGGGGGCCAAGCGCCACAAGUGCCCGCACUGCUCGAGCUGCUUCGCCCAAAAAUCCAACCUGCACCAGCACAUCAGACGAGUGCACUUGGAUAGCGGACGUUCCCACAAGUGCCAUCUCUGUCCGCGUAGUUUCCACCAUAUGUCGGGUCUAAGUCGACACUUGGUAACCCACUCGGGAAUCUACUUUGCCUGCAAAGAAUGUGGUAGACAGUUCAACGAUCGCAGUGCCGUGCAGCGCCACGUACAAACGGUGCACAAGAUCUCCAACAAGUCCGAGGACACCGCCUCCGACGCUGAAAUGAGCGAUGCUGAGUUUCUGGCUGAGUAGGAAGGAACUCCAAGGAUUGCUUGAAUAUCAUACAACUUUAUUCGCGAACUGGAGGGCUCACAAACGGUUGGCACCAAAUAUCAAAUAUAUAAUGCGUUAAAACAUUUAGAAAACAUGCAGCGUUAAACAGAUUAGCAAACAAUUACACAAAUUGGAACAGUUCAUCAACAGGAUUAUACAUAAAUAUCUAGCUAGACAUACGUUUUACAAUAUCGUUAAUAAAUACCACAUAAGAUGAUGUACAAUAUAGUCGAAUACUCGUAUUGUUAAUAAAGUCAUUUGUCCCUACGAAUAGGCUACGAAUGCAAUUGCCACUAAACUUUAAACUUAAGCUAAACGCCAACAAUCGAGAGUCCAAAUCUGGAUGCAAUAUACAAUUAUAAAAUGCA